AUGAUCCCAUAUCCUCCCAUUAUUCAACCAACACUCAGGUCAGCAAAUCAAAGCAGUGGAUUCAAAGACUCUGAAGACAAAUUUCAACAUUCCACACCUAAAUACGUGUUAAAAGUUCCGAUUCCAUCACUAGCUACAUUGCAAUAAGCACCUUAAUCAGAUAACAAAAGUAAAUCAGGACAUAAGGAGAACAAUUUCAGUGCAAUGACAUUCGAUUAGAAGUAUUAAUUGACAAUUCAAAAAGAAAAUGGAAUCCAGAUAGCCAAGGCUCUGAUAAUAAAUGUGUGCUAUCUUAAUCAGCCAAGAAGGUCAACACUGAAAAUGAUGAUGGCUCAAGUAUUGUAGAGAAGUCUUUUACAGAAGCAGCCUAAAAGAUAUUGAAGAUAAAAAAUCUCGAAUUGGAAAACAAAGUUUCAUUGCUUGUUAUUGAAAAUGAGCGUCUUACAACAUUUCUAAAUGAUUAAUUUCAAGAAAAUGAAAAACUAACCAACGACCUUCAAAACUAUCAAGCAAGUCUCUAGGAUUUAUCUAAAAACUAUGAAGAUAAAUUGAAUAUAGUCUUAUUGGAAAAUGAGAAGAUUGUAGCUAUUAAUCAAACUUUGACUAUGAAAAAUGAGUAGAUGCAAAAUCAAAUAAGAAGAUUAUAGAGUGAGAAAGAUGAAGAAAUCAAUAAAACUAGGAAAGAAUGGGCAGGGAAAUACCAAUAGUAAAUUAAUUAAAUUGAUGAGAUGAGAAAAAGUGAAAUACAUUAAGUUGAUAAUAGAAUUGAUAAGUUGCAAUUUGAAAAGUCAGAAUUACAAGCAUUAAUUUAAGAGUAACAAUAAAAAUUGAUGGAAUUCUAAAUUGAACUCAAAGUAAGAGAUCAGACCUUGAUUGAUUAUGAAAAUGUUAAGGCUGAUUUGGCAUCUAAAAUUCAUAGAAUUGAAAUGAUGAGUUAAACCAUAUUGGCUUAAGAGAAGAGAAUAAAUGAUUUAGAAACUAGAUUAGAUAUAAUGGUGGCAGAUAAUAAAUAAUUGCAUGAUGUUAAUGAAUAGUUAAAUUAAACCUAAAGAAUUUUAUAAGGAACAAUGGAGGAUAGACAAAUUGAAUUUGAUAGGGAAUAACAUAAAUUAAAAGACUUCUAUGAAUUAGAAUUAAGAAAUUUGAGCAAUAAAAAUAAAUAAUAAAUUGAGGAGAUCAAACUUAAACAUCAAGAAUAAUUGUAAGCAUAAAGAGUGUAAAUAGAAAAUGAAUUGAUUAAAGAACUAGAAUAAUACAAGAUGGAAUUGGAGACUAAACAAAAUGAACUAAACAAUAAUUUAUUGAUUUGGUAGGAGAAGGAGAAAAAUAUCACUUAGGAAAAUAGGAAGGAAUUAGAAAUAAAAGAUCAAAUGAUAUCUACAUUAAAAUUCUCGAAUUAAAGUUUAUAAGAUUAGAUGAAUCAAUUAUAAACGUUAAUCAACAAGUAAGAUAUUCAUACUUAUAAGAAUGCAAGAAGACUUUGAUAGUCAAUAUAGUUAAAAGGAGACAGAGUGUGUUAAGAUGGCUAAGAACAUUCAUCUUAAGGAGUAGGCAUUGAAAUAGAUGAGUUUAAGAUUGGAUGAAAUUUGUAAGUAAUUGAAGAUCUUGGAAGAAUAGAGAGAUGAAUUGAGUUAAGAAAUGAAGGAUAAGAAUAAUAAGGUCAAGGAUCUUGAAAUGAAAUUAGAUAUUGUCGUCAAAGAUAAUGAUACAAUGGAAAAUCAAUUGAAGAAUAAUAAAACUUAGGUAAGAAUUUCAAAUCGAUUUAGUUAUAAUUAUUGGAACAGAGAUAUGCCAAUUUAGAGUAGUCUAGUGAAUAGAAGAUAGAGGAUAUGAAAAUAUAAUAUUCAUUAGAAGUUUAAGCAUAAAUUGAACAAUGCAUAACUUAAUAUUAAUAAACUAUUAAAUAUGAGUAGGAUCACUCUGAAUAAUUAAUGAAGAAUUUAAAGAAAUAGUAAGAAAAAGCUAAACAUUUUGAGUUGUUGAGUGAGUAAUAAUUAAAUGAUAUGGAGAAAUUGAAUAAAAGAAUAGAAGAAUUGAUAGAUGUUUGUGAAUAGAAUGGAUCCAAAAUGAUGACACUAGAGAAUCUACUUAAAGAAAGAGAUAAUGACUAUGAUGUCUUAAAUCAAAAAUUUUAGUCUAUAACUGAAAAUUAUGAAUUGUAAUUAAUAAAUUAAAUCUUAGGUAAAUAGAUGUUUUGAAGAGAUAGAUGUAUGAUAUGGGUAUCCAAAAUGAGGAUUUAGCUUAAAAUUUGAAUUAAACAUAAGAAACUUUCAUAAGUAAUAUUGACUAUUAAUUGUUAGAGUAAGAUGAAUAGAAAAAGAAAAUCAUGAAUGAUUUGGCAGAAGUUACUAAGUAGAAGAUUGAUUAAGAUUAAUUAAUGAAGAAGAUGAGAAUUCAAGUCUAGGGAUUAGAUGAAGAGAAUAGAAGGAAUUCGGAAGAUUCCAUCAAAUUCAAGAAUUAGGUUUAUUAGUUGUAGCAGGAAAUCGAAGAGAUUACUAGAAGUAUGCAAUUAAAUUUUGCAGAGAAAGAGUAGGAAUUACAAAAUAAAUAUGAGAAUACAAUCAUGGAUUUAAAUUAAUAGUUGAACACGUUAACAAUGAGAUUCAAUGAUUUAGUAAGAAAAGAGAAAGACAAUAGAUUCAGAUUGAAACUAUUGAAAAGCAAUCCUUAGAUGAAAUUACCAUCAGAAUUAGAAGACGAGAAUUGUUAUGAGACUAUGAAGAGGAAGAUGGAAGAUCAAUCACAAUAUCUUUAGAGACUAAUUUUGGAAAAUGAUGAAUUAAAACAAUAACAAUAUUCUCAUAUUAGUAAGGGCUCAUUAAAUGAUUAAUAAAAGUAGAAAUCUUAAAAAUAAAGCAUGAAUAUCAUCAAAGACUACACUACUUAAGAUUCAGAUCGUACUAUUCGAUAAAAUGAAUAUCAAAAGACCAUGAAUCCUUUUAAAUAAUAGCCAGUAAAAGCAGUGCCAGUAUUAUAUUUUAACUAUUAUCAAGGUAAUGAACAAUUCUCAGAAUAUUCUUGAUUAAAGGUUCGGUAGUAACAGGCCCAUUGAAAGAGAAGUCUAUCUAGGCUAAACACAAAAUACUAGAACGGAGCCCCAUUUGUACAGAAAAUAAUCAUUAUAACGAUUUUGAAUAAGAAUAUAAUAAAUAAUGUAAAG